GUUUGAGCAGCUCGUGGACCACGCGCCCUCAAUGCAUUCGCCAGCCAGUGGGUGUAACAUCCGAUAUCCGACAGUUUCUUGACUCAGCGCUCGCAGCCUCUGUGUUGGCCAAAGGCCUCGAGCUCUUUUGCGCCAUUUGUUCAGGAGCCCUGGAAGAAAGAGGCGCCGGACACGACGCCCCCGUUGCAUUCACUUGUCGGUUUAGCCGAUGGUGCCAUACAUUCGAUUGGUCCGACGUUCUUACCGCUGGCGCUGGCGAAACUCCCCGAGUUCUGAGUGACUAUGUUGCCAGAGCCGGCGGAGAUUCUGGCAUGGCAGAACGAAAAAGGCAAUGGAGAGCCUGACGAUUGUGGACGGGGGCCACAUAUUGGAUGGGAGGCCAUCGGGAUGACCAUAGUUGCUGCCACAGUUUGCAUCGCUUGCAUGGACGCUGACGGCUGUUGUUGCGGCACCAUGCGGCACCUCUGCACCUGGGGGCCGAGCAGCAAGGUCGCGUGCCUUGUCACCGCUGGGUGCGGGCGGUCAUGAUCUGGUCCGUGGCGCGAAUUCUGGUUUCAACGAAUUCCGCCAAUCGGCCUACGUUUCGUUUCGCCUAGCUGGUCUGGCGCGAGCGCGGGGACGACUGGCCGCCGGUUGUCCUGAUCCAGGGAUGUCAACCCAUGACUCUCCUGACGCGCAGCCUGGCCGAUAGGUGGGGCCUGAUAAGCGACCAAGCGGUAUCGGCUUUGAUGAACCCCAACCGAUUGUCCCAGGAGCGCAUCGGCAAUCUCCUCGCCAGGUUCGACAUCCUGCGGAGCAGGGUGCGGCAAUCUGGUCAGUUCAUGAUCGGCUGCGGGAGACAUGGUUACCUUUUGCUGCGCGCGGUGGGGUCGUCGAACAUCCAACGCGCCAUGAUUUUGCAGCACUGCAACAUGGCCUACCCCGCGAACGUUCAGCAGCUGUCGCACAUGACAAGCCAGUUGCGACGCAUUGGGCAGCAUUUAAAACAUAUCCCAUGGAAAAGUCGUCGGUCGGCGGGCAGGGGGGGCCUCGCAUCCUGUGGGGCCAGAGGUUCGGGGAACGGUGGGGCGUGCGCGGCCGCGGCCUGGCCGCGGGCGCCGCGUUCCGAGGCCGAGCUGGACAAGUCCGAGGACCAGAAGAAGGAGCUCGAGCGCGGUAUCGAGGUCUCCAACACGGC